AUGCAUAUCAAAUAUAUUACUGAUCGCACCGGCUUCGUACUACAAUCUUUCACCCAGGUUGCCAGAAAAGAUUGGGAUCUUUCUUCUGGUGCAUUGUCAAUCAUAUAUGAUGGUCUAUACAUUCCUAUUAUUACUUAUGCGUGUGGCACCUGGGGGUGGGCCAUCAAUAAGACCCAUAUUAAGAGAAAGCUGAUUUCAUCGCAAAGAAAAGCUUUAUUACUUAUAACCAAAGCCUUUAGAACAGCUAGUAACUCAAGUAUUCAAGUACUGGCUAAGAAACCACCGAUUGACUUGAGUAUUUUACAGAGGAGAAAACUUUUAAGACUUAAAUGGGGCGAACCAGUUCAGACUAGGACACGCUUAAUAACAACUAAUGAUGUAGAAUGGUAUGUUCCUUUUUGUGAUACCCCUUCUCCUGAUAAUUUUAUAAUUGGAUUAUCUACUUUUAUCCAAAAGACACAACUCCAUAUAUUCACUGACGGUUCGAAAAUUAACGAUUCGAUUGGCUGUAGUUUUGUAGUAUAUAACAGCAAUAAUCACGAAUUAUAUAAUCAAAUUUUUCGUUUGGAUAACUACUGUACCGUAUUUCAAGCUGAAUUAAUUGCAAUUAAAAUGUGUAUUCAUUGGGUCCAUGCAAAUUAUAUAAAUACAACUACUCAUAUUUAUACGGAUUCAUUGUCAGCUAACAGCCUGAUCAACAGCACAAAGUUGCAUCCAAUAGCAGAAGACAUUCGCAACCUAAUAAGGCACUCUAAUUCUAACUUUAUUAUUACUUGGGUUAGAGCCCAUCAGGGGCUAAUUGGUAAUGAAAGGGCUGAUCAACUGGCCAAGUUGGCAGCUACUGAUAACUCUAUUCCUAUUAUCUAUAAUAAAUUAAGUCAGGGCUCUGUAAAAAGAAUUCUUUGGGAGGAUACCCUCAAUACUUAG